CUCUGGGGGAGUGUAGCUGAGAAGCACAGUGUUCCCAGCUCCCACUCCCGGUUGGAGUUCCAGGGACAGGAGCAGCGGGAGGCCCGGGCGAUCUGUGGAGUUCCCACGAUGCAACUGUGGUUCCUGCUCUUUGCGCUGUUUGUGUGUCUCCUGGCGUGCCCCCCAGUGCCCGCCCCACCCCGGCACAGGAGGUGUGUUUACCUGGCCAGCGCCCAAAACGUGCUGUACCUGCAGCGGGCGGGCAGGGUGAGUGGCCGGGUACAGCACUGCACCCACACCCCCUGCUGCAUGGGCUACUUCAAGCUGGUGGACGGCGGCUUCCAGCCAGACCUGCAGGGGUGUAAUGUGUUGCCAAUGCAGUGUCCUGAGGAUUCCUGCUUCGCCUCUACGCACCGUACAAAUUACACUGCCUGCGUGUGUAACACAGACUUCUGCAAUGCCAACCUCACCUGGCUACCCACAGUCUCCACACCUGCGCGCGGACAGGCCUCUCUGGGCUUAUACAGUGUCAGUACAGCAGUCAUGCCCCUGGGAACUCUGCUGUUUCUCUGUGGCCUCAUCAUGGCUGUCAGGUGGAGAAAACACCUCUGUAACAGCGUGGCGAAGGCUCGUGUGUCUGAGGGGACGGUGACGUCACAGUGCUCCUGUGACAGGCGGGAGCGUUUGGACUGUAACGUCGCUGAGCUGGAGCUCCAGCAGAUGCUGGGUCAGGGUCACUUUGCAUCGGUGUGGAGGGGGUGUUGGGGAGGGGCUGCUGUUGCGGUGAAGGUGUUCCCCCCCCAGCAGCGGCAGCAGUUUCUGAGAGAGAGGGAUGUACACAUGCUGCCCCUCAUGGAGCAUGUGGGCGUGGUGUGCUUCCUGGGGGCGGGCUCAAAGAUGGAGGGCGGAGACACAGUCUUGGUAAUGGAGUUGGCUCACCAUGGCUCCCUGCGCUCCUUCCUGCUGAAGAACACCAGCGGCUGGUCCUGCUGGGUGAGGCUGUGUCAGUCUCUGUCCCAGGGCCUGGCCUUCCUCCACUCUGACCUCCACAGGAACGGGAUGCAUAAGCCUGCAGUGGCGCAUGGAGACCUCAGCAGCAGUAAUGUUCUGGUCCGGGCGGAUGGUACCUGUGCGCUCUGUGAUUUCGGCUGCUCUGCUGUCCUUCGCUCCUGUUCCGGCCGGCGGCAGCACAGAGACGCCGCCCAGGUGAGCGUGCAGGUGGGCACCCUGUGCUACCUGUCCCCGGAGAUGCUGGAGGGCUGUGUGAACCUGCGCAGCCGCAGGUACCUGAUGCAGGGGGACGUCUACGCCCUCGGACUGCUGCUGUGGGAGCUGAGCUCACGCUGUGUGGAGCUGACCCCAGGUCAGCCACCGCUGCGGCAGCACGGCUCGGUCGUGGUCAGUGUGGGCAGGUCCACGGUCAGUGCGGUCAGGUCCACGGUCAGUGCGGUCAGGUCCACGGUCAGUGUGGGCAGGUCCACGGUCAGUGUGGUCAGGUCCAAGCAUGCUGGUGUGAAGCGUGCGGCCUCUCGUUUCCUCAGCACUCCUCUCCUCUUCCCAGCAGCCUCGGUGUCGGAGCACCGCUUGCCCUAUGAGGUGGAGCUGGGCGCCUGUCCCUCUCUGGAGGAGCUGCUCCGCUUCGUGUGCGAGAGGAGGGGGCGGCCGCGUGUGCCCAGGCAGUGGGGAUUCUGUUUGCAGGGAGGCUUCACUCUCAGCGAAGUGCUCGAGGACUGCUGGGACCAUGAUGCAGAUGCUCGUCUGACUGCGCAGUGUGCUGCCGACCGCCUGGCUGCCCUCCCACCCUGCUGCCCCAUGUGACUGAUGACUCACCCUCUCUAUCUGGGUCAAAGGUCAUUUCCUCUCUUUUUGAAGUAAUGGCAUAUUAGUGAAAGUAAUGGUGUAUUAGUGAACGUAAUAGUGUACUAGUGAUUAGUUUCACUGAUCCCACCGGCUGCCAUUGCUCUCCUCCACCACACUGAUCUCAGUCAACACAUCUCUCUCAUCUUCUGUUUCUUUUCAACAUUUUAAUUACUUUUGGGGGAUGACUGCUUCAUUUUAUGAGGGGGAAUAUCUAAAAUAUGAAUUACAAUUAACUUGAAUAAUCUGUUGGUGUGGAUUAUUGAAUCCUGAAACAGCUGCUCUGACAGCAUGUUCUGUUUGUAUUGAGUUUUUACUUCUCCCAAAUCCCAGCGGGGAAAUAGGUCUUAUGUGGCAAUGUGUUAGAAUGAGUUGAAGCUGUUUUACAUGAUUACAUUUUCAAAAUAUGGAUAGUUUUGAACAUGCACACAUGAUUACUUGUAUUGCAUCA